AUGUCUACCACAACUACAACCACCACGACAACAAGUCCCAAACCACAAGAAAUAGAAAUACCAAGGGGUCCCGUUACAUCGAAACUCAUCUUCUACGCCCCACCACCAGACAACUCCUCACCCUGGAACUACGUCGAACAACCUCCUAAAGGCUUUCCCCAGCGAAACUACACCGAAAAUGCUUCCACAGUCCAUCUCAACGACAUCCGCGGCCAAGAAUCUUGUUUCCAACUAAACUGUUGA